CAACACGCAACACAAGGGUUACAACGUCGGCGGAACUUGACCAGACCAGCACAGGAACCAUUCGAAGACACACCAAUCCAGCAAACAACACAAUUUGUAUAGAGACUUUUGCCUCUGAUCGUGGUUAAAUCGUCAGUUUAAAUCGGAAAAAUGCAUCAUAGUAUUAAAGAAAUCAUCCCAGAGAAUACCAGAAAACCUUAACACAUUUAGGCUCCUUUUAACUGGUCGUUUUUAAGGAAUAUGAAGCAGUUUUAUAUCCAUCCAUAAAGUCACCAUCAAAACUGCUGGUUUUCUUCGCAAACGUUACCAGAUGCUGAAAAAUUGGAUCAUUCUUGCAGCUGCUAGUUGUGCAGUCUCAGCAGUCUACAAAUCUCAGAAGCAGAUAAACCAUGGUGGUUAUUUGAGUCUGGAUCUUCCCGAAAGGACAGAAAAAUUGGAGUUCGCUUCUGCUGAUGAGAAAACCCAUGUUACUAUCUGGGAACGGCGGAUUAUCUUUCCUAAUAAAGUCAGUAAAGGCACAGUGCACUCCUCCAGUGAUGGCUGGACCUUCCAACUCAGGCAUAUUACGUUUGAUGACGAGGGAACAUACACCCUGUUCAAUUCGUGGAAUUCUGUUAUCUCCACCUACAUUGUAAAGGUUGAAACCAAAAGAAGCAUGAUUGAAUGCAUCGCAGGUGAAACCCUCAGCAUAUCUCUGGAAGGAAUCAAACUGGUUGAUGCCACUCUUCGCUUUUACAGAAACCAUUCAGUUGUGACCGUGGUGGAGAACGGAAUCCCUGUGGGUAAUGCAGACCCAGACUACAUCAACCGACUUAAAGUAAGCACUGAAAAGAUCAAGGUGCUUAAUGUCAACGUAUCAGAUGUAGGCAGAUACCAACUCACCGAUCACAAACGUCGAAACGUGUCAAACAAUACAAUGAUAUUAGUGGAAAAACACAAUUUCACUCCAAAUAAAAGUCUUAUCGCUCUGAUUCUUCUCGGGAUUCCGGGGAGCAUCUGCUUCUGCUGCAGGAAGAGAAUCUGUAAAAGGUGUAGGAACAAUAAAUCACAAACAGAUAAUGACAACACCCUCAAUCCCCUGCCUGAGUCUGUACCAAUCUGCUAUCCAGUGACUGAUCCCUCACAGGGUUAUACGGCUGGCUAUCCCACUCUUCCAGACCAGGGUCAGAAUCCCUUUCCACCUCCAAACCAAGGUCACAUUCAGUAUCCUCCACCAGACCCAAGUCAGAUUCAGCAUCCUCCACCAGUCCCAAGUCAGAUUCAGCAUCCUCCACCAGUCCCAAGUCAGAUUCAGUAUCCUCCACCAGUCCCAAGUCAGAUUCAGUAUCCUCCACCAGUCCCAAGUCAGAUUCAGUAUCCUCCACCAGUCCCAAGUCAGAUUCAGCAUCCUCCAACAGUCCCAAGUCAGAUUCAGUAUCCUCCACCAGUCCCAAGUCAGGUUCAGUAUCCUCCACCAGUCCCAAGUCAGGUUCAGUAUCCUCCACCAGACCCAAGUCAGAUUCAGCAUCCUCCUGCACCACAAUGGAGCGGACAACCUGCUUUUUCUCCUAACCCUGGCUUUAAUCCUGAGUAUGCGUCACAGAACCCUGCUUAUCCUCCUGGACCUUUAGGAUCCCCAGCCCAGCCCCCCCAGUGGAAUGUUUCUCCAAACCAGUACAACCCACCUGCUCCUACGAAUUACAAUCCACUGAUGAACAGCGCUCCAUCUGGGCCUCAACCCACAACAUACAAUGAAUCGUCUCCUGCUGCAUCACUAGUAGCACCUCAGCCCUAGUCUGAUGCACCGAGAGUUUCCGGUGAUGUCUUGAACUCCUCAGACUCAGCUGGUGUCCAUUUUGACAUUGACAAAGGGAAAUCUUCCACCAGCAAUUUCCUGUAGUUUCCUAAACUGCACGUAAAUACUUUGUGUGAAAAGAAAUAAACAAAAAUACACAGAUUUGGUCAUAUAAAAUGCAAGACUUCAAUACUAAUAAUAAUACUAAUACUAAAAUGCUUUUCAUAGCUUUCCUGUGGCUCAGUAGUUAGAGCAUGGCACUAGCAAUGCUAAGGUUAUGGGUUCGAUCCCAGGAGAUUGCACAUUGUCAGAAGAAGAAAAUUAGAAUACAAUGUAAUGUAAGUGUCUGCAGAAUGCAUAAAUGUAAACGUAUCGUAAAUUAAUGUAUUUUAGCUAAAAGUACUACCUCUACAUUAAUGAAGAUGAUGUUUGCCAUUGCGACUCAGUGUGUUCCUUAAAACUGUGACUCUCUUAAAACCAGCAGUUUUUUGCUACAGGCUGGAUUGCAACCUCACAUUUAUCAAAUGGCUAAAACUUAAUCAAAAAUAAUCUUCCUUCAGGAUUUCUCCUUUCGUAAAUCAUUUUUCUUUUUGAAAUACAAAUUUGAAACCAAUCUUUAAAGUUUUUAUAGUGCAGUAAGUACUUUUAAGAUUUUUGUCACCACCAUGCAAAAAAACUUCCAAAGAUGUUAAAUGUCAUUCUUUUCUUACCUUCCUAUAUUUUCUGCUUGUCCUGUCUAAUAUGUAUGAAAUUUUAAAAAAUUAUAAUUGUAUACUAUGUGGCUAAGUUUCUGCUGCACUAUGAAGUUACAGCUUCUUUAUUUGCUUUCUAAAUCACAUUUUACAAUUAUUCUUUGUAAGUUUUUGUAUUAGCUUGUGUUGUUUUAAAUUACAACAAACAGCAUGUCAGCUUAAAGCACGGUUUGCCUUCUAUUGUGGUAAAAACAACAAAGCGUUUAUACUUGAAUCUCAUACUAUUCUUUUACUUACCCAUGCCUGUAAUCACUGUAUUAGUUUGUAAAUACAGUUUGUGUAUAACAUGCAUACUGAUGCCUACCAAUGUACUAAUGUAGCCUACUAGCCUAACACUGCCCUAACUGCCUUACCCAUGCUCACUUUUUUCAAUUUCUUUUAAACUAUGUAUUCCUGCAGGUUAUCUAUAUUUUUUAGGCUGUUUAAAGUUUGUUGUUAAAUGCUGAAUGAGGCACAAUAGAUUGUUUUGCAGAACAUAGUCAACACUGUUCCAGAAGCUUCCUGUUUCGGUUUUUUAACCCUUAACUUUAGAAAAAUUACAAACAGCAAAGCAUCUACAACCGAAUCAAAAUGUUAAACAAACAUUUAUAAGAAAUAAUUAUAAACUGAAUUGAAUUGAAACAGGAACAGGGUUGUUUACAUCUUGCAAAAUGCUAAUGUUUUUUUUUAAAACUAUAUGCAGUUAUUAAUCACUUGGACUGGAAUAGCAAGAAUGAUAAUAAACAAUGACAUGGUAAAUAUUGUCAUGUCAAUUUUGUGUAAAAUCUAUACACCCAUAACAAGAAAAAUGUUUAAAUACAGCCACAGAAAAAAUAAGAGAAAUUGCAAAUUUUCAUUUAAUCACCAGAUGCAUUGUGGCCAGCAGUGUCUGUUGAAUUUCAACCAAUUUAAACCUCAGAAGGGACAUUAAGUCAACCAACAGCA